AUGCCGGCGCAUCGAACUCGCCUGGCUUUUGAGCCACUCUCGCCUCUCCUCAACAUCAAUCGGGUUGUUGAAUCCACUCCCAAUUUUGAGUUUGCGAUGGAAAUCACAUGCGAUUCAAUUGACGAAUUCCCGCUUGAAGAUUUUGAGAAGCUAGUCUUGUACCAAGUUGUCCUGAGUGGGAGACCAUUGGUCAUCAGAGGAUUUCAAAAACGUCUUGACAAGCGUCUUUUCUCGGAGAAAUGGCUCCGAGAAAAAUACGGAAAGAAAGUCGAGGAAGUUCGAGAUCUAGGGAAAAAGAAGUCAUUUAAUUUCAGUAUGGGUCACUAUCUGGAAAGCCUGUCACUGCUCACUCGGCAGGUGACUGUGCACAAUUACACAAACAAAGCACUCCAACGACUCUACCUCAAGGAUAUCGACUGCCCUCCCGAGUGGCGCGCUUACCUUGAGAACCUGUUACCGCCUUCACUUUUCUACCUCAAUGAGACACCCAAAGCAUUUGAAGGCCCUGCGUCGCAAAAUAUGAACCUGUCUGAAAUCCCUAAGUCCAUAGAAGGCGACUUCAUCGCGCCAGCGGGCGAUUUGAUGAGCAGUCUGCCUGUAAAUAUGCGGGCGGAGAACCUGAUGUGCUAUAUUGGCCAUGAGGGCACUUACACGCCAGCACACCAAGAAAUGUGUGCCAGUCUUGGUCACAACAUAAUGGUCGAUGCGUCCGACGGAACUCCAGAAAACGGCAAGCCAACGGAACCGGGUUCUUCAAUCUGGCUCAUGACAGAGACUAAAGAUCGGCGGGUUGUUUCCGAAUACUGGAUGUCUGUUCUUGGACAUGAUAUUGACAUUGAGGAUUUCUUUGCUCCCUUGCAUGCAUGGGAGAUUGCACCAUUCAAGACAUGGGUUGUCGAGCAGAGGCCCGGCGACCUCAUUCUUGUGCCCCCUCUUGCUGCACACCAGGUUUGGAACCGCGGGACUCGGACGAUGAAAGUUGCCUGGAAUCGCACUACCGUGGACACGCUUGAGCUAGCUCUGCGUGAAGCCUUACCGCAUGCGCGAAUGGUUUGCCGCGAUGAACAAUAUAAGAACAAAGCCAUUGUUUACUUUACUCUUGAGCGAUAUUCAAAAUUGUUGCGGCAAGCAAAGAAGGUUGACCAUCCGGUGGUGAAACAACUCCGGGAUGAUUUCAAACGACUCUUUAAUAUGUACAAGGGCAUUUUGUUGUCUGAAUCUUUCUCGCAAAGAAACCCAGAAAAGAACGUGGAGUACCACGAGUUUCAGAGCAAUGUCACCUGCUCCUUUUGCCGAUGCAAUAUAUUCAACAGGUUUCUUACCUGCCCUGGCUGUACAAACUCUCUUGGCGGCGACGAUGACCCUUAUGAUGUAUGCAUGGAUUGCUACGUUAUGGGUAGAAGCUGUGGCUGCGUUUCUAACCUAAAAUGGAUGGAACAAUUUCCAUGGAAGCAGUUGACAGAACGCUAUGAAACAUGGCGACGGCUGAUAAUUUCCUCCGAUGACAAUAACAAGGAUUUGAGGAUUCAGUUCCCUACCUUCGUUGUCGCCCGCGGUCAGGCGGGCAAAAAGUCUGUAGCGGAGAUCUGCCAAGAGCAAUUGGUGCGCCGCCCCUGGAAUGACCCGAAAAAUCCCAAGCCCGUAGUAGACGAUACGAUUGAAGACGCUGGUAGCAACUCCGACGGCAACGGCCGGUCUAAAAAGCGACGCAAAAUGCGGCAGUCUCUCAAGGCCAAAUCAGAUAAUGUUCACCGCUGUCAUGUUUGUCUCCAUUUCGAAGUCGACUGGAAGCUCGCGCCAUGUUCAAACUGUGACCAGCGCUAUUGUUAUGGCAGUUUGUUCCGGGCGUUUGAGAUCUCACCGCAGGAGGCGAUGGAGAAAUAUCACUGGCUAUGUCCAAAAUGCCGGAAGGAAUGCAGUUGCGGUGCUUGCCAGAAAGACCCAUCCAUGAAGCCUUACGAGCCUAAUUGUACAAUUUUGGGCCAUGACACUAGCAAGGUGGCCGAUCCCCGCAGCAUCGAGACCUUGGUGGAUUUCCGGAAAUCGAAUCUAUGGUGGUUGAAGAAAUUCGGUGACGAUGUUCAUGGACGCAUUCAAAAACGCCAGAAGGAAGCCGAAGAAGCGGAACUGGAGCGACAGAAAACCCUUGAAAAUCAGGGCUUCAGCUUCGAGUCCAGCCCAUUCGACCAGCCGGUACAGAAUGAAAAUGGGAACGAUGAAAACCCACUGGUCUUUGAUGAGAACGAUGGGGGCAUCCCCGUUGAUCCAUCGUUGAUGAUGCAGACCUCUGAUACGGGCACUUGA